AUGGGCAGACUUUCAAACGGCGAUUGGCUCCUUGUCGGCAACAGCAUCUUCAGCGACGACAACGGAACAGAAUUCCGCAUGCAAGACGACGGCAAGGUCGCUGUCUACCAUGGCGAAGACUGCGCCUGGCAGAACACUGCCGAACAGAACUGGCAAGUUCACGGCAUCAAGAUGCAAGAAGAUGGCAACCUAGUCAUCUACGACAACUCCGGUACUGGGCAUGCCAUUUGGCACACCGAUACUGCUGGCGGCAAGGGCAACCAGUCAACAACUCUUGUGGUCCAGGAUGAUGGCAAUGUUGUGUUGUACAAUGAGGGCGGUGAUCCUAUUUGGCACACUGCCAGCAACAAGUAA